CCAUGAUGAUUAACCAUCGAGGACAGUCUGUCAUGCAUGCUCUCGUAUUUUCUUCCACCGAAAGUCACACCACCUUAACCCAUGGCUUUCUACUCAGGAAUAAGAAUCCAAUAAAGUUACAAUCAAAGCAUCAUUCUCUUUUAUUUGUGUAUUAUCUUCUUGAUUUCUUGAUGUGACAAACACAGUUACCUUCAAGCCAAAGAAAGAGCAACCACAACAGCAGAGAUGGGAUGUUUCGGUUUCUGCAGCUCCAAAACCCCCGCUCCCAUGAAAAAUUCCUUCUCUGAAACUGCUCAACAAGACCCAGAACCCAAAAAUCUCAGACAAGAGGUCCUUUUACGGAUCCCAGGAUGCAAAGUUCAUCUGAUGGAUGAAGGAGUGGCCACAGAACUCGCCAACGGGGAGUUCACGCUUCUCCGAGUCACCGACGAGAAUGUUUCUCUUGCCACUAUCAUUAAAGUUGGUGAAGAUCUUCAGUGGCCUUUGACACAGGAUGAGCCUGUAGUGAAGGUUGAUGCCCUCCAAUAUCUGUUCUCUUUGCCGAUAGAGGAUCAUGGAGAUCUUCUCAGCUAUGGAGUCACCUUUUCGGAGCAGUCUGGAGGUAGCUUGGGCUUGCUGGACUCAUUUUUGAAGGAUCUCGCGUGCUUUUCGUGUCCGACAUCGACGACUAGAAACAAAAACGUUGAUUGGAAAGAGUUUGCUCCGAGAAUCGAGGAUUAUAAUAACGUGUUGGCCAAGGCGAUUGCAGGGGGUACUGGACAGAUUGUCAGGGGGAUAUUCACAUGCAGCAAUGCAUAUGUCAAUCAGGUCCAAAAUGAAGGAGAGAUGAUUAUAACUAGUGCUGAAGAGGAUAAAAAUGGUUUCAGGGGAAGAGAAAGUAACAGUAAUAGAAGCACUGUCAAAGCAAAGAAGAGUGGAGUCAGCAAAGGCUUAAAACGUGUGAGAACGCUGUCCAAGAUGACAGACAAGUUAAGUAAAUCGAUGCUUGAUGGUAUUGGUAUUGCCACUGGAUCAGUGAUGAAACCUGUGGUCAAAUCCCAGGCAGGGAAGGCAAUCCUGGCCAUGGUUCUAGGACAGGUUGUCUUGGCUUCACUCGACGCUGUCAACAAGGUCUUGGAUGCAGCUGAAGUUGCUGAAAAACAAGCACUUUCCGCCACCUCCCGUGCUACAACAAGAAUGGUCACAAAAAGGUUUGGGGAAGAUGCAGGGGAGGCCACCGAGCAUGUGUUUGCGACCGCAGGGCACUGUGCCAACACUGCUUGGAACAUUUUCAAGAUACGGAAGGCCAUCAAUCCGGCAUCAUCCAUCUCCACGGGAGUACUGAAGAAUGCUGCAAAGGAUAAAACCAGAAAAUCUUGAAGGGCCGAAGUUGGAACAAUACGUUGAACAAAGCCUUAUGGCAAUUUAGUGUCAUGGGGUUCUUCGCUAUGUCAGUCCCCAAAUGAUCACUUUCAGCAUGUAAACUCAGCAAUAAUGCCCUUUUUUCUUCUUUGUUCAUAUGGUGGGUGUGGUAUCCAUGCAUUUUAGCCUCUUGUUCUUGACACGGUUUAUGAAAGCUAGCCAUGGAGGUGCUUAUUUUA